AUGGCAGUCUUGUACGGGCUCCCUGGUUCCCCGGGUGCAGAUGCAAUCCCCUUCCCAGCAGCCAUCGUCCUUUCUGUCACCUUCUUUAUAGCGGCCGUUAUUCGACUAGGUGGCUAUUUCCUACUGCGAUCGCACCAGCGAUCGCACCAGCCAUUGCAGUUAACUGUGUCCAUUGUCUCCCUCGUGGCGUCUGGCCUGCUUCUUGGCUUCGUGUCAUCAAGAAACGGUGGAAGUAUGCUCCCAAACCAUGACGACUAUUCUCCCACGGCUCCAACACGUCCUUCUUGCAAUAGCAAUCUUGAAUAUUUCCCUGAAUAUUGGGCUUUGUAUAUGUAA